UCCAUGUAAAGAAUUUUCAAGAGUGUUGCUGUAACAGUGUCACUCAAAGCCACUUCAGUCAGUGUGCUGAUCUCUCAGAUUAGAGGGCUACUUCGGUGCUGGUGGUAAAAUACUCGAUGCAACAAAGAGAGGGAGCUAAGACCAUCGUCCACAGUGAUAUUUUUAUGCAACAUCAGCUACACAAGGUUUUAACACAGUGAAGCUGAACUAACUAAUGGCAAGGGGCUCGUUGGCGGCACACUGUACUGCUCACACAUGAUGAUGAAGUGAAGUGAACCGUGGGAACAGGACAGACAGAGACACCGGAGGCUCUGAUGACUGUAAAGGCUGAGCUGUUCAACUCCAGCGAGGAGUUGCAGUGGUGGGAAUGCAGCCGCCUUUACCACCUGCCCCAGUCAGAGAGCUGGUCCGCUCCUGUCUCCAUCUUGACCCAGUGGCCGCAGAUUUGCGCUGCAGUCUUUUUGUGGCCGCUGUGCAGAACUACAAGCGAGACUCGGUGCUGAGACCAUUCCCGUCUCGAUACCUCAGAGGGCACGUAAAGGAUUUUGAAGAGUUGCAGAAGGAUGUGAGCUCCUUGCCAAGUGUUAGAGACCUGGUCCGCCUGGGAUUGGGAGAGGGAGAUCAUCAUCUGGCGCUAAUGCACUGGGUGCUCUCCUCCAAAAGUUUUUCUGUGAAGACCAUCCAGAAAGAAGAGUGGGCCAGACUAAGCCAACUGAUACAAAAUGAGGGGCUCUGCUCUCCUGUGCCAGACUUCCUUUUUGAAUUAGAGUACUGUGAACAGAUGAACUCUAAGUUUGAGAAGACAAGGGCAGGACGGGACAUUCUCUAUGCAUUCCAUGGUAGCCGACUGGAGAACUUCCAUUCCAUUAUACACAACGGUUUACACUGCCAUCUGAAUAAGACAUCGCUAUUCGGGGAGGGCACUUACCUCACCAGUGACCUUAGCAUGGCUAUCCUCUACAGCCCCCAUGGAAAUGGGUGGCGUGAGAGUGUCCUUGGGCCAUUACUAAGCUGCAUUGCCCUGUGUGAGAUCAUUGAUCACCCAGAUGUGAAAUGCCAGGUGAAGAAGAAAGAUUCCGAGGGCCUUGACCGCCAGCGUUUGAGGGCAAGGAACAGCGAGGGAGGAGACGUGCCUGAGAAAUACUUUGUAGUCACCAACAAUGAGCUUCUGAGAGUGAAGUAUCUGCUAGUUUACUCUCAGAAACGAUACAGAACCAGACAUACUCAAAGGACAUCAUGGCUGGUCAGACACCAUUUUGCCAUUAUGAUGGGUCUUUAUCUUCUGCUUCUCAUAUUCAUUGGUGCCUUCAACUCUACUAGUUUCCAGUCAUUUUGGCAUAGAAUUUUCCGGUGAUCCAAACUCCUUACGUCACAUUUGCCUCCAGUCCAAAGUGCCUUUUCUUUUUGGUACACAAAGACUGUCAUUCGACAACUUGGUUUAUAACACCAACAAAGAAGACAAUUCUCAGGAAUCAAAAAAAAAAGAGAAUGACAUUUUAUUCCAUCCCGUGAUGUGUACAAGUUACACUGCACGCACCAGUCGUUUAAUUAUCAAUAGUAAGUAGCUUUUAAUACUUGGGCAGUGUAAGCAUUUUUAAUGACAUAACAUCCUUUGUCAAUAUAUGGAUAAAGGCCUGCCUGCCUGUGCCGUGGGCUUUUGUAACACUGUGGCAUGUAGCUUAUCAAAGGACUCAUUUUUUUUCUUUUUCUCUAGUGUUUUUUACUUAUGUAGAAAUGUGGGAUUAUUUAUAUUAACUUUACAACCAAAUGAUGAGGGACAAAAUGCUGCCCUGUAUGCCUUUUCAGUAAUAUACAUAUAUUUGGUUUUUGGCUCAGAUAUUGCCAUAGCCAAUUGCUGCUUAUUUUAAUGACUCUUAGGGUAACGUUCGUGGACCACCAUCAUUGCUUUUAGAAGAUGGACAAUCUAGAAUCUGUUAAUUGAAUGUAGCUUUCAUGUUAUAUCAGUUGUAUGAAGUUCUGUUUUAACUUUAGACAUCUCACAGAAACGUUGUACAAGUCUAAUGAAUUUGUACUAUUUGAGUUCACGUACUCUUAUGACUCUGAAGCUUAUUAUAUUAAAAUCCUAAAUUCAGCUGUCAGCUAUCAUUGAGUACUAACAAUCCCCAAUUUGUUGGGCAGGAAGUUGUUGAAAAGUGAAUGCAACUUUAUGUUAAGGGAUUCAGUACUGGGACCUGAGUUGGACAGCAUUGCUUAAAUACAAGGGAAUAUCAUUAUGUUGGUAAUAUAAAGGACAGAAGAAAGUAAUCUUAAGAACUGUCUCGGGAGCUGAUAUUGACAUUUUUAUGUUCAGUAAAUGAUGUUCAGCCGUUAAUCAGCUUGAUACAGUGUUCUCAUAGAUCGUUUUUCUUUUAAUCUUUUAGGUAUGUAUUAUGUCCUUGAACAUGAACCUAAUGUUCUGUGAAUAGACCUAUAAAAUAGUUUACACUUGAAUCAAUAAACAUAUCUUUCCAGCA